CGCAUGCCUGUUGCAGUUCGUGCCCGGGCGUUGUCAUGGUACCAACAGACGCAUCUGCAACGCUUCUCGUCUGGAGCUGUUUCUCUACACUCUGUGUGUCUCUCUGUCAGCUGUGGAGAAAUAAUGUCAGAUGUUGGAUCGGAGGAUUUUGAAGAUGAGCAGGGUUAUCUUGGAGAGUAUGAGGGUGAGCGGAAUGAAGCCGGAGAGAGACACGGGCUCGGCAGAGCAGUGCUGGUCAACGGAGACUCCUAUCAAGGAAUGUAUGAACGUGGGAAACGAUCUGGACAGGGAACAUAUAGAUUCAAGAAUGGGGCUCGAUAUGUAGGGGAAUAUUACAUGAACCUGAAGCAUGGACAAGGUAUUUUUUACUACCCGGAUGGUUCCAAGUAUGAGGGCUCCUGGGUGGAUGACCAGCGGCAGGGUCAUGGCAUUUACACGUAUCCAAAUGGAGACACAUAUGAUGGAGAGUGGCUGCAGCAUCAAAGACAUGGGCAAGGUGUAUAUACCUACCAUGAUACAGGCUCUAAGUACAUUGGCACGUGGGUUAUGGGUAAAAUGGAGUCUGCUGGAGAGCUUAUCCAUCUAAAGCAUAGAUACCAGGGCAACUUUCUGAAAAACAAUCCCACAGGUCCAGGGAAAUAUGUGUUUGACAUUGGCUGUGAGCAGCAUGGGGAGUAUGUGCAGGAAGAUCAGGAUAAAGGAGAUGCAGAGGAAGAGGAGCCUGUCACUACCACUGUUCUGAAAUGGAAACCCAGUGCUGUGACUGGCCUUUCACACUGGGCUGCUGCUAAAGACAGUCCCUCUUCUGGCUGGGACUUGUCUGAGGAGGGAAAAGGACAGACCACCCAGGAAAAACUGAAAGGAGAUCAGAGCCCAAUUCUAGAAAACAAUGAUCAAUAGGCCUAAUGAAAGAGCACUAGUAUAAUAACAUAAUGUAGUUGUUAUAUCUUCUGAUCCUUGAUAAUAAAAUAUUUGUUACUGUUA